AUGUUGAAGCCACCAUCGCCACUCAGCUCCCUCUUAUUCCUGCAGCUGCCUCUGCUGGGAAUGGGGCUGAACUCCAAGGUCUUCACGUCCAGUGGGAAUGAAGGCAUCAUAACUGAUUUCUCCCCGACCUCUAGCCCCCCUGGCACCCUCACUGCUUCUACCCUGCCCCUUCCAGUGGUUCAGUGUUUAGUGUUCAAUGGUGACUACAUGAAUUGCACUUGGAACAGCAGCUCUGCAUCCCAGUCCACCAACCUGACGCUGCAUUAUUGGUAUCAGAAAAGUGACGAAGUCCAAGAGUGUGGCCACUAUCUAAUGUCUAAAGACAUUACUUCUGGCUGCUGGUUUGGAGAAGAUAAAAUCCGACUCUAUGACACAUUUUUUGUCCAGCUCCAGGACCCGCAGAAUCCCCAAAGGGAGGCCACACAGACACUGAAACUGCAGAAUCUGGUGAUCCCCUGGGCUCCGGAGAAUCUAACACUUCGUAACCUGAGCGAGUCUCAGCUAGAACUGAGCUGGAGCAACAGAUACUUGAACAAAUGCUUGGAGCACCUGGUGCAGUAUCGGAGUAACCGGGACCAAAGCUGGACUGAACAACCAGUGGAUCACAGACACAGCCUCUCUCUACCUAGUGUGGAUGCGCAGAAACUUUACACAUUCCGUGUUCAGAGCCGGUUUAACCCACUCUGUGGCAGUGCUCAGCUUUGGAGUGAAUGGAGUCACACAAUCCAGUGGGGCAGCAAUACUUCAAGGGAGAAUCCUUCGUUGUUUGCAUCGGAAGCUGUGUUCAUCCCCCUGGGCUCCAUGGGAUUGAUUUUUAUUAGCCUCAUCUUUGUGUACUGCUGGCUGGAACGGACCAUGCCCCGAAUUCCCACUCUCAAGAACCUGGAGGAUCUGGUUACUGAAUACCAUGGCAACUUUUCGGACUGGAGUGGUGUAUCUAAGGGGUUGGCGGAGAGUCUGCAACCAGACUACAGUGAACGGUUCUGUCAUGUCAGUGAGAUUCCCCCAAAAGGAGGGGCCCUAGGGGAGUGUCCUGGAGGCUCCCCCUGCAGCCAACAUAGCCCCUACUGGGCUCCUCCCUCUUAUACCCUGAAGCCUGAGCCCUGAUACUGACAGAACCCCAGAGUCUUAUAGCCCUAAUAUGUACUAACUUCCCUCAAACAACAGCCUGGAUCCAAUGCCCACUUUCAACACCUCCCCUUCCCUUGCCUGAUUUUGAAUUUUGUGCCCCCCUGUAACUGUGCCUUCAUAUUUAGGAUGCCCUACUUAACUGCCUGCCCCUUUGCCUUGUACAUGCUUCUCAGCUUCCCUAACCCAGCCCUUCCUCUUCAACAAAUCCUUUCUCAUUCAUCCCUCCUUCUUCCCAUUAACCUUCCAAUU